AUGUGGUAUUUGGAAACUGAUAAACCGGAUGCACCAAGCAGUAUCGAUUUCCAGCGUAGCGAAGAGGGUGACUUGAAAGUGUUCUGGACUGGCGUGCCCACGGCAGAAACUUAUUUGUUGCAACUGCGGAAAUGUGCCGAAAAACCCGAUCGUGCAGGAAACAUACCAGGCCGACUAAUCGCAGUUCGACCGAGGUCUGCUGAUCCUUCGAGAAUUUCAAAAGUGCUUCAAGGGGCUCAGCAAGGUUGCACUGUUGUGGCGCAAGGUCCGGACGGGCAGAAGUAUCGUGUUGUACCUGCAGCGGAGUUUUUUAGCAUGUCAGCAGCUUCGAGGAAGGUCGCUAUAACCAGUGCGCCUAAAUCCGAGCGUGAACAAACAUGCAGAAAAAUCGUCACGGAGUUGCCGGAUGCAAAUGCAGUUAUGAAAUGCGGCUCACAAAUGGCCCCGUUGACCUCACCAGUGGGACUACCGCAAAAUCUUUUGGAUGAGACGCCCACGGAUGGGGAAAAUGGCAGUACUAUUGUGCAUGAUGGCAGUGAACAAAAUAUGGUGAAAACUGCCGCUCAGCAUUCAUUCGGGCGUGAUGGCUCAGGUCGGCCCAUCAGUGCUGCAGCAGCAUUGUCGCAUGCACAAGCUACGCCAAGGAUACAUCGUAUAGCUGCUGAUGAACCGGGACCAUCAGGAUGCCAUGUUACCAUACCGAAGCCAUGUGCUACACGAAUUCCGAUUCAUGCGAGCAUACCUGUAUGCAGUCCCAAUAAAAGCGAUUUGAAGAGCGAAAAAAUGGCACCAAAAGCUGUGGUGUCCGGUGAAGCUGAUGAAAUUAAGACCGAAGAAGGCGGAACUGGGACAGCCGAGAAUGUUCAGUGUACUGCCGUGGAGAAAGCUGACACAACAUGUGACAGUGAGCGAGGCAGUAUGAUCGCUUCCGAACAGAUCGGAUCCCACGAAGGCGAUGGCAAGAUGGAGGUCACAGCGGAGGAAGAGAGCAAUCCGUGCACGAAGAAUGACGAUGCGCAAGAUCUACGUGAACCGUGUGAUAACGCAACGCCAAAAGUACAUGUAUCAGACGCUGAUCAAAUCAACGAUCCGAAAUUGUCACAGCAGGCUUCACAUAUCGACGGCCAAGAUCUACGUGAACCGUGUGAUAACGCAACGCCAAAAGUCCAUGCGUCAGACGCUGAUCAAAUCAACGAUCCGAAAUUAUCACUGCAGGCUUCACAUAGCGACGGCCAAGGCGCAGCCGAUUUAGCGGAAAAAGCAGAAUCUGUGAAGUCCGUAGCUGAAAAGCCUGUUACACAUGGGGAACCAUCAGCUGUCGGCAAGCGAAAAAUUUUCUCUAGAGUGUAUCGUAUUUCUCCAUUGGAAGGUGCUUCUACUCAUGUUAUUAGUCAGAAAUGUAUUGUAACUCCUCAAGCAUCGAAUUUGGCGCGCAGAAGAAGUGACCAGACGCAAUAUUUUCCAGUGAAACAGGUCGAAUGGCCGUGGUAUAACGUUGCAACUGUUGAGGGAACAAGCCACGUUGUGACACACUACUGGUUACCAUCGUUUGAUGAAAAUUCGGUUGGGAGCACACAAGCGACAGGUCAAUGUGAACAGGAGAAAGCCCCACUUGAAGUAGGUUCGGCGUAUAACUUUCGAGUAGCUGCCAUAAACAGCUGUGGACGAAGCGAGUGGUCUCCAAUAAGCAGAUCUGCGAUGCCGGUAUAUCCGUUAAAACCGGCUGGGUUUCCUAGUGCACCUCAGAACGUCAGAAUACAGAAGAUCCCUGGUGGAAUGAAGUUGAUGUGGGAUCCUCCGCGUGAUCCAUGCGGGAAAAUAGUGGAGUACACCGUUCAUAUGGCCAUCGAUAAUAAGGAUGCUCGUGGUAAUCAGCAAAUGACUUUUGUUCGCGUUUAUGCGGGAACGGUUGCCGGUUGUGUUGUCCCGUCAUCUCGUUUGGCUGCCGCGCACAUCGAUCGCUUUGUUGGCCCGAGUAUCCUUUUCCGAAUAAGUGCUCGCAAUGAGAAAGGCCGUGGUAUGGGCAGACUGGUGCGUUGGUUGCAAGAUAAACGUCCUUCUGCGGUGCUCUAUCAUGGGGAUGAAAGCUGUGCUCGUGUACGUCCAAGUCCACUAUAUCAUCAGCUGGAUCGAUCAGCAUCUGGCUCAUAUAUUCCUCAUAAAAAACCUCAUCUCGGAUGA